AUGAUGGAAAUAAAUCGAAACUGUCUAACAACGUCAUCGCUUGAUGAAUUAAAAUCAACUAUAUUUACGCCAAAAGGACGAUCAUCAUCAACCACUUCUAAUGAAUUAAAUAGUGAAAUUAAUCCUAAUGUAUACGCGAUUAAUCUAUCGCAUAUAACAGGCAUUCAUACACCAAUAAAUAGUUUAUCAUUUAAUGAACAACUACGUCUUGAACGUGACAUAGCUCAUCAAUCAUCAGCUAUAACACGAGAUUCGUUUACAACAACUUAUUCAAAUUUACAAACGAUGCUUUCACAGAUGCAAUUAAAAGUUGCUGCAGCAUUUCUACAAGAAACUGAAUAUUUACAACAACGUGAACAAAGACUUGAAUAUGAAGAAAAAUUAUUAGUCGAACGUAAUAAACAAUUAGAAAAUCUGCGUCAUGAACGAGAACACAUGGAAGAAGAUUUCAUUCAAAUUAAAAAUCGUCUUGAAUUAGCUGUUAUUCAAGUUACAAAAUUCAAAACAGAUGGAGCAGAAAUUUUACAAACAUUAUUUUCGGAAGCUCGUCAAAUAGACGAAGAAUUAUCUGAACUUAUAUCUCAAUCGAUGGCAUCGCUUGUUCGUACACGAUCGAUAAUCAAUGAUAAAACAAAUAAUUUUAUGCAAAAGUCAGAUGAAAUUCGUUUAGAAUUCAAUGAUCGUACAACAUUAAUGCGUAAUACUGAAUCAGCUAUAACAAUGAUGCUUGAAUUAGUUAAUACAUUAAAUCAAUUAAAUAUUGAACAUUCUCAAGAUCUUUCCAUUGCUAAAAUAGAUUUCGAUAAAAAGAACCAAGAUUUUAUUGAUUUAUCACAAACAAUAAAAUUUAAUUGGAGUGUCAAAAAAGAAAUCGAACAAAUACGUUUAUUAGAAAACGAAAAGAUUCAAGCACAAAAAGAACUAUUAGAACAAACACUAUUACUUGAAAAUCUUAAAACUGUUUUAGGACAAGCGAUCAUUUCUUAA